AAAACAGAACAGCCAAUACUUCGACGACCAGAGCAAAAAAAUCAUUCCCUGAUCUCUUUCUUCUUUUAUGUUCUGUCCUUUUUAUAAUUUGACAAGCCUUUUCGUUUAGAUUCCAAGAGAAACAAAGAAAGAACGAUGGAUGACGUUAAAGAUAAGCUAAAAGGAUUCAUGAAGAAAGUCAAUCUCUCUUCUUCCUCUGGCAAAUUCAAAGGCUCAGGUCGGGUUCUCGGAUCUUCCUCCUCUUCCGCACCCGUUAACCCGAUUCAAAACCGGUUUAACUCUCCCCAAUCCUCAAAUCCAAACCCGAAUCCUACUCCUAGACCCACCACCAAACCUUCUCCGUUACCUGAGAAGCCCGUAUCUUCCGGGUCACCAAAAAAACCGGAUCCUGACCCGGUUCGUGCUCCUCCACAAGACGGGUUCGACCCUUACGGAGCGUUCAUCACCUCCUCCAACAGAUCUCAAAACGGAUACUCUCUCAACAUGUUCGAGUGUCCGAUCUGUAGCAACCCUUUCAAAACAGAGGAAGAAGUCUCCGACCACGUGGAGACCUGUCUUGGAGACGAGCCUGUAGCAGCAUCGGAGAAGGUUAACGAGUCCGAAAUGGAGAAGCUUGUGGUUGUGUAUCUCUCCGGGAAACCAAAUGAGAGUUUUGUUGAUGUGUUGCUUAGGUUGCUUAAGAACAUAGUGAAAGAGCCUGAGAAUGGUAAGUUUAGGAAGAUUAGGAUGAGUAACGCUAAGAUUAAAGAAGCCAUUGGUGAUGUUGCUGGAGGUGUUGAGAUUCUUGAGUUUGUUGGGUUUGAAUUGAAAGAGGAGAAUGAUGAGGUUUGGGCGGUUAUGGAUGUUCCUGAACAAGACAGAACUCAGUUGAUUAAUGAAGUUGUCGGAAUGUUGGAAAAUAGAAAGAUUGAAAUGGUUAAAAAAGAAGAGGUUCCAGUGGUUCCGAAGAAGAUUGAUAGAGAGAUUCGUGUCUUCUUUUCUGUUGCUGAGAACGUAGCGUCGAGAAUAGAGGUGCCUGAUUCGUUCUAUAGCCUCUCUGCUGAUGAGAUAAAAAGAGAAGCUGAUUUGAGGAGGAAAAAGAUUGCGGAAUCACAGCUUUUGAUCCCAAGAUCUUACAAGGAGAAGCAAGCUAAAGCAGCUAGGAAGAGAUACAAAAGGAGUUUGAUAAGAGUGCAGUUUCCAGAUGGUGUUGUGCUUCAAGGUGUGUUUGCUCCUUGGGAACCUACCAUUGCUCUCUAUGAGUUUGUGAGUUCUGCUUUGAAAGAGCCAAGUUUGCAGUUCGAGCUUUUGGAUCCUGUACUGGUUAAACGGCGUGUGAUUCCACAUACUCCAGCACCGGGACAGAAACCAAGAACCUUGGAGGACGAGGAGCUUGUUCCUUCAGCGUUAAUUAAGUUUAGACCAAUUGAGACUGACUCUCUUGUCUACACUGGUCUCUGCAAUGAACUCCUGGAGAUUAGUGAACCACUCACAUGAUCAUACGAGUUUUACAGAAGAUUUUGAAUCAAACGGUUUGAGUUUCUUUCUUUUAUGGUGUUAUUUGAUUAUUCCGUGUUUGUGAUUCGAACUCAUUAUAGGGUUUUAUGGGGAAAAAUGUGUAAUUUGCACAAUUAUAAGAAUCACAGUUGAAGAUUCAUCAUAUCUGAAAGCUUGAGUCUUCUACUAGAACAAUGCAUGACGUUAGUAAGUAUUGGAUUUGGUUCAGUUGUAUAGUUUAUGAUUGGUUUAGUUCUAAUUGGUUUCCUCUAAGGAGUUAAAACAACAAUAUCC